UCACGAUACAGAUACAACUUCUUCUUGAGAGAGCCGAGGUCUCGUCUCAGGCCAGCGCCGGCGGCGGCGGCGGCGGCGGCGGCGGAAAUACGGGAGUGGCGGCGGGCGUUGAGGCCCUCUCCCCCGCGGUCGGGAUAGGGGAAACCAAAGGCCAGUGAGCGUCUGGACCUGCGGCGGUGGAGGCCCUCUCCUCAGGGCCCAGCGGCGGAGAUCUCGUCCUCGCCCCCCUCAACGCUGACACGCUGUGGCGGAGAUCUCCUGCAGUACAUCGCAUUACCUCCUACGGCAGCUGCAGCUCGACGGUGGUGAACGGCGGCGGCGAGGGAUUCUUCAGGCCAGCUGGAACUAUGAGCCGCCGCUUUGUCCCCGUCGACAGACGCAUCUUGGAGAGGAACAUCAAGGAUCGGUACCAUGCCGGAUGCAUUGGCACCGAGGACGCACUCCACCUGUUCGACGAAUUGCUCCAGGUUGCUGGGCCUUCCUCGAUCCCUGCCAUCAACUGCCUCCUCACUGUUGUUGGCCGUGAUUGCCCCGCGCUCGGCGUCUCCCUCUUCAACCAUGUUGCAAGAGCCAAGGUGCCUCCCCACAAUAUCACCUAUGGCAUUCUAGUCGACUGCUGCUGCCGUGCUGGCCGCCUGGACCUUGGACACGCUGCCAUGGGACACGUCAUUAAGUUGGGAUUUACAGCAGAAGCUAUCAUCAAUUUCAGCCACCUACUCAAGGCCAUCUGCGCCGAGAAGAAGACCAGUUAUGCAAUGGACAUCGUACUCCGGAUAAUGCCUGAGUUUAACUGCAUACCAAACAUUUUCUCCUAUAACAUUCUUUUCAAGGGUCUCUGCAACGAGAAGAGAAGCCAAGAGGCUCUCGAGCUGAUUCAAAUUAUGGUUGAGGAUGGAGGUUGCUGCCGACCUGAUGUGGUGACCUAUAGCACUGUAAUUGAUGGCUUGUUGAAAGAGGAUGAGGUGGACCAAGCUUACAGCCUAUUUUCUGAAAUGCUGCGUCAGGGGGUAUCACCGAAUGUUGUGACCUGUAAUUCAAUCAUCUCUGGCAUGUGCAAGCUUCACGCGAUGGACAAGGCUGAGGAGGUUCUUCAACAGAUGCUUGAUAGACGAAUUCUGCCAGAUGUUACCACAUAUACUAGUUUAAUACAUGGAUAUUAUUCAUUAGGACAGUGCGAGGAGGUGGAUCGGGUUUUCAUAGAAAUGUCUAGAAAUGGUGUUCAACCAAAUAUCAUAACUUAUAGUAUACAGAUGGAUUAUCUUUGCAAGAAUGGAAGAUGCACAGAAGCUAGGAAGAAUUUUGAUUUCAUGAUCAGUUUGGGCCAGAAACCGACUGUUACUACCUACAACAUUAUGCUUCAUGGGUAUGCUAUGGAAAGAUCUUUUCAUGAUAUGAAUUGUCUCAUUGAUUUGAUGGAUGAUAAUGGUAUUUCACCAGAUCAUUAUGGAUACAACAUACUUAUAUUUGCAUAUGCUGAAGAAAAAAUGGUUGAUGAAGUAAUGCAUAUAUUUACAAAAAUGCGGCAGCAAGGAUUGAACCCUGAUGCAGUGAGCUAUGGAACAGUAAUAGACUUACUUUCCAGGAUUGACCGAAUGGAUGAUGCUAUGUCCCAGUUCAAUCAAAUGAUAACUGAAGGGUUAGUUCCUGAUAUCGUAGUUUUUAACCCUCUUAUUAGGGGUUUCUGUUCUUGUGGCAAAUGGGAGAAGGUUGAUGAACUAUUUUCUGAGAUGUUGGAUCGCGGCAUCUGUCCCAACAUAGUGUUCUUCACCACAAUUAUGGACCGCCUUUGCAAAAAUGGAAGGGUUAUGGAAGCCCAAGAUCUCUUCGACCUGAUGGUACACAUGGGUGUGAAGCCUGAUGUGUGUACUUAUAACAUACUGAUAGGUGGAUACUUGUUCAUUGGUAAGAUGGAUGAAGUGAGCAAGUUACUUGACAAUAUGGUCUCAAUUGGCAUGGAACCAGAUGUUAUCACCUAUAACAUACUGAUUGAUGGUUACUCUAAGAAUGGAAGGAUAGAUGAUGCAUUUGUUGUUUUCAGAGAAAUGUUGGCCGGGAAGGUUAAGCCUUGCAUUAUCACUUUUAAUAUUAUGCUUGGUGCGUUGCUUAAAGGUGGCAGGAAGGAAGAGGCUAAAGAUUUGUUUGAUGGUAUCUGGGCUAAAGGGUUAGUGCCCACCGUUGUUACAUAUAGCUUAAUGAUACAAAAACUUAUAGAAGAAGGUUCUCUACAAGAGUCUGAUGAUCUAUUUGUUUCUAUGGAGAAGAAUGGAUGUGCUGCCGACUCCCAUAUAAUAAAUGCUAUAGUUAGAAGCUUAUUUCGGAAAGGGGAGGUGCCCAGGGCUGGGACUUAUCUGUCUAAAAUUGAUGAGAGGAGCUUCACCCUUGAAGCUUCCACAGCUAUCUUGUUGACUGCACUUGCUUCAGGGGGGAAAGGCCAGGAAUAUAAAGAGUUACUCCCUGAGAAGUACCACUCUUUUCUGGAACAGGGCACUGAUUGAAACCUUUUCUAGAGAUUUUGCCUAUUUACUUUGGACUGCUAAUCGAGGCCUCAACGUUUCUUUGUAGCUUGCAUCCCCCAAGCUUUUCUUUUUGUAGUAUGUCUAAAUUAAAGGUCACUACUCUUACUAAUAAUUCUGGGAGGAACUUGUUAGUAGUGAAUGUCUGAUGAACGACCAUCUGUGUUUCUAUAUGGCUGCCUUCUACUUCAAUGGAGCUGUUCAUUUGGCCUCCA